AAUUCAUAAUGACAGGCACAGCAAAAAAUCCAAUUGCAAAAUUAAGUUUCACAUAGGUUAACGACGGCGUUUUCAUAUCCUUACAUCAAAAAUGCCUCAUCUUGAUCAUUAUCUAGCAAUCCAAGCUUUUGUCAUCGUUCUUCUCUUUUCUUCCAUAGCUUCUGCAGCAAUCGUCGAACAUGUUUUUCACGUCACAAAUGUGUUGGUGAAGCCAUUGUGCAAGGAGCAAAUGAUACCAACGGUUAACGGAAGUCUUCCCGGUCCAACAAUAAACGUUAGAGAAGGCGACACUCUUGUGGUUCACGUCAUAAACAACUCAACUUACAACAUAACUAUCCACUGGCAUGGAGUGUUUCAACUGAAGAGCUCAUGGAUGGAUGGUGCGAAUAUGAUAACUCAGUGUCCUAUUGAACCAAGUUAUAACUUCACGUAUCGAUUCGAUAUCAUUGGACAAGAAGGUACAUUGUUAUGGCACGCGCAUGUUGUGAAUCUACGUGCCACCCUUCACGGGGCGCUAAUCAUCCGUCCCCGAUCCACCCAUCUUUACCCCUUUCCUAAACCAUACAAAGAAGUUCUUCUCAUUUUUGAACAAUGGUGGAACAUGGAUGUUGGACUUCUCAGUAUACAGCCAGCUCCGAUUUCCGAUGCUUACCUCAUCAAUGGCCUCGCUGGAGAUUUAUACCCUUGCUCUAAAAACAGAAUGUAUAAGCUCAAGGUAGUUCAAGGAAAGACAUAUUUGCUAAGGAUUAUGAACGCGGCGCUCAACAAGCACCUCUUCUUCAAAAUAGCCAAUCACAACGUGACAGUUGUCGCUGUAGAUGCAGUGUACACGACACCUUACGUGAGCGAUGUGAUGAUGUUAACGCCUGGACAAAGCGUCGACGCGCUUCUUACCGCCGACCAGGCGAUCGGAAUGUACUACAUGUACAUAAAGUCUUACAAUAGUGCCGACCAGGUAUCUCCGUUCCCUCCUAACACCACCACCAGAGGCUUAAUCGUCUACGAGGGUGCGACGUCAUCGUCAUCAUCCCCGGCGGCCAUACCGUUGAUGCCUGAGAUGAACGACCAAACCACCGCCCAUAGGUUCUCCUCUAACAUCACAAGCCUCGUGGGUGGACCUCACUGGACCCCAGUGCCUCGCCACGUGGACGAGACGAUGUUUGUAACGGUCGGGUUUGGUUUUGAUAAGCCAAGUGGAGAAGUGGACGGGUCUCUGAACAACUAUACUUUUGUGCUUCCGAAGACGGUUCCUCUGCAAGAGGCUUACUUCUACAACAUCACUGGAGUCUACACUGAUGAUUUUCCUAACCAACCGCCGCUCAGAUUUGAUUACGCUAAUUUCGAACCCCGUACCGAUUAUGAAAACAUGAUGAUGUAUCCGGAGAGAAAGACCAGCGUCAAGACACUUGGGUUUAAUACCACGGUUGAGAUCGUUGUGCAGAACACAAAGAUAGUCACCAAGGAGAGCCAUCCCAUGCACCUUCACGGCUUUAAUUUCUAUGUGUUGGGUUACGGAUUCGGUAACUAUGAUCCAACCCGUGAUGCAAGAACCCUAAAUCUAGUUAACCCGCAAAUGCGCAAUACUGUGGCUGUGCCUUCCCUUGGAUGGGUUGUCCUCAGAUUCAUCGCUAAUAAUCCUGGUGUAUGGAUGUUCCAUUGUCACAUGGACGCACAUUUACCCUUCGGAAUGAUAACGGCUUUCAUAGUGCUCAAUGGGCCCACUCCGGAAACGAGCUUGCAACCUCCGCCGUCGAAUCUUCCACAAUGCUCUCGGAUCUAUCAACCUCCCACGACUAACGUUGACUUGUCGUACUAGAAAGUAGCUAGCUUCUUAUUCUUGUUUUGACUCAUUUACUAUUUUAGCUUUCUUACCUUUCCAAAUAUCAUCAUCUUGGGUGGUUCAUUUGACUAUAUAGAGCUUAAACUCAUAUAUAUUUACGAGAAAUAAUCCAUUUAUGUAAAAAAGAAAAAGAAAGAUGAUAUACUCUCUCUCUCUCUCCCGAGUUUGUGGGUUUUAGACUCUUCCAACUGGAGAUAGCGGCGGCGCAAACGGAGAGGAUGAUUUUACGGUGGUCACUGACACCGUUUCCUCCUCGGAGGCACAAGUUAUGACCGUCACGCACACAAAAAACGCUUGUAGAUGCGAAAGACACGAACCAAACUCCACCCUGUAGAUCCCUGUCUUCAGCUCUGUCAUCGCCAAAGCAGGACCCGAGCCUUCUUGAUCACUUUCUUCCUGCAACAGUUUGAAGCUUUGGUCGAAUUCAUGGACGAGUGUUUUGUUGGAGAGAACAUGGAGUUUACAUCCAACAUCCCAGCCACCGCAGUCGCAUAACCCUCCGGAUCUCCACCGGCUAAUCAACGGUGACGGUGCUCCUUUCUCCGGAAAACUGUGAACGCCGCCUGGAAUUAUCACAGAGACGGCAGUGCAGUUUUCUUCCACAGCCUUCUUCUUGUUGAUCACUACAGCAGCAACCUCUUUCCUCCUUUUUACUUGCUCUGAUUCAUCAAAGAGAACUGAUUCUCUGAUCACAGGAGAAAUGUUUUCGGAUUUCUGCUCGGCUAUGUCUGAGCUCAUAGAGUUGCUUAACCGCAUUUGACCUAUUACAGUGUAGACGAUCCCGCGUUGUUUCGCUUUGUGUCCAUGCGUUAGCCAGCUUCCGCUUUUUUUCUUUUUGACUUCAUCAACAGAGUAGAAUGUGCAGUACUGAACAGAGUCGUCUUUGAACGCUGAAGCCGAGUUUUUCAUUGUUGCCCCGAGAAUGCUCCUGCUGUUGUGGUUGUUGUCCUUAUCAUCGACCAAAAAUUGAAAUAGAGGAAUGCCGUUCCUGAUCGUUAGCUGAAAAAGAGCUCGGGUUCUCGAUGUAUCCUGCUUCCUUUCAUCUUGAAGUGGUACGUCGAUGGUUGGCUUUGUAUUUGAAGAACUCGAUCUUGCUUUUGACGCAAGAACUUUUUCAGAGCCUUUGGAUUUCAGUAAAGGGUCAAGAAGCCUUCUUAGAGGGCUACCUCGAGACCCCUGCUUCUCCCGGUUACUUGACUGAGAUGGACAAACUGAACCAUCAAAUCUCAUAGAAUCAGAUUUGAUGGUACUAUCAUCAUAAGAACUCAAAGGUUGCCCAGCUGAUUCCUCUUUGAAGGUGAAACUUCUGCUGAGACGGCCGAAGCUAAAACUAAACCGCUUGCUUGGUGAAGGUUGACUGUUCUUUCUGGAUUCAUCAUCUUCAGGCAUUUCUUGAUCAAAUAUCUUUGAAUGCCUUCUCCCACCAAACCGUUCCUUUUUACCAGAAAGAUCAGCACCAAGAGGCAACAUCAUAUCUUCGGAAUCUCUCUCUAGCUCGAAGGAGAGUGGACAUGAACGAGGAAUUUGAGAUCUCAAUCCUACAGAACAGUUGAUUCUGUCGGAAAGAUCAAGAGACCGGUUAACCUCCCUAGCUACUUUCACGUUAUCAUCCGGUGACAUUUGGGGCUCAGCGGAAAGAGUGCUUCGGGACUGUUUGCUUGACCGCAGGAGAACAAUGUUGCUGACCUGAGGACUCUCCUGCUUUUCAGAAGUAAGAGCAGCUUCUGAAUCUCCAACGACCUUCACCUCUUCAUCUAACUUCUCAACGCAGUUUUUUCCACUUUCUGUAGCUCUCUUCUGAGUCUCCUUAUCCCGGACCACUAAGUUUCCCUUUGCGCCGGAGUUUCCCAUUUCUGACAAUAAAACUGAACGCGAUCUUCUGCUCUUACCAGAGGACUUAUAGCUGCAAGUAGCUAUUCCCUGCUUAUUUAAAGAAUCCCUAGAAGCCAGCUCAGGUUCCAAAGUGCAUCGAACAGAAUGUUGAAGAUCCCGUGAAGCUUUCGCUUUACCGAGAUUUGAAAAAGUCUGGACCUGGUCAUCAAUCUUACACCUACGAGAGUCAUUGGGAACUGCUCCUGAAGUAGAAGUAGACACCAUUCUCUCACUUCUUCCUAAUCUUUCACCAGAGUCUUUUGCUCGGCCAUGCUUCCAUUGCUGUAGACGUCCCCAGUCCAAGACUCCAACAUUCAAAACAUUACUUUGGGCGCUUUCUUCUCCUCUCUCCAUACGUUGGAGAUAACCUGGCAACUUGGACAUGUAUUUCACAAGCUCGUCACUAUUCUGCUCCGAACUCUCAUUGACACGUUCCUUUCGACUAUGGCUCGAACGUUUCGUCCUGGCCGGAAUCUCACUAUUUGUUUGACCAGUGGAGUCCGGAUAUCUCGCAUCUGAGGUCUUUUGGCUCUGUUUCAGAAAACCCCUGAGCUCGGUUCUUGCAGCCAUUUCAUCUACAUAAGAAUCUAUAAAUCCACGGAUAUUUCACGAUUUCAUCGAUCGAAACUCUCGAUUUGGUGCUGAUAUCGUCGGGAAGAAGAAACAAAAUAUCUCUGGAAGCAAAAGGGAACAGCGUGAAGUGGAAGCAAAAUCGACACACACAAACGGCCACGGAAACCAAGAUCACGAAGCCCAAUCUUCCAUUAACGAAAACCGAGGAAAGCUUGUGAUCAGAGGGACGGUGAGAGAGGGGAAGGAAUCGAAAGUGUGCAGGGAAUCUCGCCGCUAGAGUAAGACGAAGGAAGAGAGAAAGAGAGCGAGAGAACGGCUUCGUGUGGGGGAUCGUACGGUCGAGAAUAACGGUGUAGAGGAGGUAAAAAGGAUCGUGUGGCUCGUGAAUCCUGGAGGUAGGGCCCAUUAGGAG